AUGAGAUUACAAUCAGCUAAUAAAUGUUUCUUUGGACUUAGUAAAAUUUUUAGAUCAAGAGCAAUCUCUAAGAAUUUAAAAGUUAGAAUGUACUUAACUUUGCUAAGGCCAAUUGUCCUGUACGGAGCAGAAACAUGGCCUCUGAGAAAGACUGAAGAACGAAGAAUUGCAGUAUUUGAGAGAAAAGUACUCAGGAAAAUUUAUGGGGCAUACUUUGAUGUUCUCGCAAAUGAAUGGGGGAAAUUACACAAUGAAGAACUGCAAUCCCUUUUUCAACGACCGGAUAUACUGAAAGAGAUAAAAAAAAAAAGAAGGCUAGUUUGGGCUGGACACGCCUGGAGGAAACAUGACUCAUUAAUAAGAAGAGUAAUAGAGGAAAACCCAGUAGGGAGGAGACCACUUGGAAGACCGCGUCUAAGAUGGGAGGAUUGCGUUAGGAGCGACACUGAAACAGUAGAGCCGGAGUGUCGCUGGCAGGGAGUAGCAGAGGAUAGGGAUAGGUGGCAGUAUGUUUAUCUAGAGGUAUGGUCUUGAAUGGCCGAAACCAAGAAAGAAGAAGAAAAAGUUCGGUAAUUGUACAUUGCACAUUUUACCGAUGAUUAAAAUGAUUCACGUAACGUUUUUCCUUUUGUUCGCCGAUUGUAUUGUUUCUCAGUCGGAAAAUAUGUUUCGUGCUAUCUGGUUCUAUGAUUUUUUUUUUUCUCCACUUCUCGAUUACUGUAUUUCUGUUGCUCGAAUCCCCCAUAAGCACGUAGAUCACUACACUCCGGAAAUUAAUAAUUCAACGUCAGACAUGGUGACGAUGCUUGUUUAAGUAUCGGCAAUAGAAUGACGAAUAAAAUAUGAUAUUAUAAUUCCGCCAUUAAUAUGACGCGGAUAAUUGAAAAUAUCGUGUUUGGAUUUAUUUCGGUACCGUUAAGGUAAUAAAAUCCCGUGGAAUAAUCGCGACGCGUGGCGGUUAUCUUUUUCCGUGCGGAAAUUCCGCUGUAAUGAGUUCAAUAGUAUUUAAAAAAUAUUAAUUUCGCAAGUAUAACACCGGCCUAAAUUCGUUUUCAUCUCACGUGUGCAAAACGAAGACGGAAAUUUGUCGCGUCCAAUUCCCUUUAAGACAAACGUUGGGCAAAACCAAACAUUGAUUACCAAACAUUCUUGUUAAUAUCUUUAAUAGUAUUUGUUUAAUAUUUUACCGAUUUUCCCGUUUUUCCUAUGGUGUCCCCGUUUAUUUUCCCGAUUUUUUCCAUUUGUUGAGAAAAAUCACGGGAAAAUCAAAAAUUUACCUCUCUUCCUGUACCUUUCUGGUUCGUUAUUCUUUCAAAAAAGUGCUACACAUCGAAGUAAGAUUUCCGGUAGAAAAGUUGUCAACAGAAAAUAAAAUAAACGUCUUUGUAUAACUAUAAGCUUCUCCGCUCCACUUUACUAAAACUUGGUAAUACUACUGUUAUUAACGUUAAUUUUUCUCUUUUCGCAUGAAUUAACGUGUCUUGUCCAAUUUGUUUUAUUCAUUUUGUCACGUUUCCCCCCCCCCAAAUUUGCAAAUAUCAGAGUUCACAGUGAAUGUUUGAAAGUAGGCAAUAAUAAAUAAGUUAUAACGGUACAGACUACACGCUAAAUAUAAAUCGAAAUGUUAAUUGUCAUUUUAAGAAAGUGUGCAAAGGAAUAAAAUUAAAAAAAUUUCAAGUACAUGAUAUUUAAAUACUAAUUAUCGUCAAUGUAUUGUGAACACGUACUAAUGCCGACAUAUCUCUUUAUUUUAUCGUGCUUAAUAUUAUUGUAAAGUAUGUAACAGUUAACUAUAAUAAAAUAACAGACUAAUAACAUUUCAUAUUAGUCACAAUAUUUUUGUGACGGCCUUGAACCAAAAAAACUGAAUAAAUAUACCUUAUAUAAUUAAUAAACAUUACAUUUUAUAAUCGUAGCAUUUGGAAGUUUUUAAUAUAAUUAUUACAUUAUAUUAUAACAUCGUCACUGUUUUUGUAUUCGAAUGUUAAAAAAAAAAAAAAAAAUGUUAGACACUUGCUGGUAGCACAAAUAUAGAUAAUUAUUAAUUAUCCAUAUUCGUGUUUGGCAAUAAAUAAUUAUGUCCACACAUUUAAGUUUGUUAAUAGCCGUUGUGGUUUGAUGGCGGAAAGAUACGCUUGUACCUAUUUACUUCCAUCUAUGCUGUGGCAUUUUCAUUUUAAGGCGAGUGAUUUGAAUGAUUUGAUACUAGAUCGCAGCACAUGAAUUAUUCACUUUUAUUUCUUUACCACAAUAUAAAUGAAAAUGUUUAAGUACACAUUACUCAAGAGUUUUAAAUUCAGAGUUUUAGAAGUGUAACGCUUACACAACGAAAUAACGAAAAAUAACUUGGCUAAUAUUUUAUACGAUCAAACCGAUUUUAAAAAUAUCUUUUUAUAAAUACAUUCUAGAUAAUAAAUAAUAACCGCAUAAUUUAUGUAUCUUAACACGUUUAUGUCUAAUAACAGUCAAUUUUAAAUAAUCUCUCCUAUUAAAAUACAUUGUUUCUAUGCUCUAUGUAAAACGACUAAAUUGUAUACAGUUAUUUUUUCUAUGUGUAUUCCUUGAUUUAAUUUUUCAUAGUCUUUCGCGUUUUACAUUUUGACUGCGAUACGCCCGAUAAUGAGUUUUCAAAUAAAAACCGGUCGUUUAAUGCCACUUAUCGUAAUGCUCCAGGCGGCGCAUUCAUUCGUUUAAUUAUUUUUUUAUUUUUCUAUAUUAAUUGUUUAUUUAUAUAUUUAUUUACGCCAUUUCGAUAAUAUAACACUACUAAUUAACCACACCUGAUUAAUUCAAAUGUUUAAUGUUUAACGAUAUCUGCGGAAUAACAAAAAUGUUUAAAGAAAUCACACCGUGGGUCGGCCGUUUAUUUCGCUGAGGAGAUAAGUACGUAGAGUGUUGUAUUAAACAUUAUGGUACCGCUUUUUACACGGUUACGCGUAUUUUAGUGCGCAACUCCACGUUUUAUAAAUUGAGAUUAACAUCGUUUUUAAUCGAACAAAUUAACGACUCAAUGGACACCAUUAUUGUUAUUAUUUUUUUUUUCUUUUUAUAACAGUUCAGUUGAAAACAUUUCAACUUCGCUAUAGUCAAUUACGUUUAUCCAUGAUUAACUUGACUAUCAUUUCUUAUAAUUAUAUAUGCUAUAUAAUAGUAAAAUAAUUAAAUAGGCUUGAUAUAUUUGCUUUAAUAAUGUUUCUUUAAUAUUGUACCGAUUCUCCCACCGCGUCGUGUGUUUUCCAGGUUUCCCCGUGUUUUAUCACGGUUGUUCAUAUUUGCUGGGAAAACUCCUGAGAACAUCGAGAAACGACCUCUUUACGUGUUCGUAAAGCUUCUUUUCUCCACUCACGAUCCAAAAUAACCUUUAAUAACGUUGAUAAUAUGUCUGUGACAGUUAAAAUGUAUAGUGUAUAUAUAAACUACAGAGUUCAUAACACAAUCAUAAUUAUAAAAAUUAAUAAAAAUAUUAUGAUAAUUAUUAAAUAUUUCUUUGAACGUACCACUGAAAUUAUUUUGUCCCUUUUUUUUUUUUUUUUUUAAAUUCCGAACGUAGCGAGGGAGUUAUUAAUUUAACCAAGAUGUUUAUUUCUUUUUUCUUCUUGUCUGUGGACAAGUUUUAUUCAGGUAAACUUGCUCCGAUUUGUACGCGUAACAACUUUUCUGAAUGCUCAAGUUGUCUGGAUAGUGCUUUAAAGAAGUCAUUUUUUUUUUUUUGAUUUUUGACGCCAUUUUUUAAAUAAUAGUUAUUAAAUGGGUAAAAACGUAGGAAAACGUACAAUUUCACGAUUUCAUUAUUUUGAGUAAGUACCUAUUACGUUUUCUAGCACAAACAUGGCUUCAAUUGAAAAACGACUAGAGACUUUCGUCAGCAAUGAUUUAUAAUUUCUUACAGAUAUAUUUUUUUUUUUGAAUUUUUAAUUAUAACACAUACAAUCUGUAAAUACACUUUUUACAAUAAGCAUGUAUGAGGAAUUAUGAAAAAAAAAAAAUAAUAAUAAUAAUAAAAAUAAAAAAGACGAGAUCGACAUGAAGAAGUAAUCACCCAGCGGCAACACUUACUGGCUAUAGAGGGCUAUUAUAGGUCACGGUUCCAGUUACGCUUUAACCUUCUAGGUGGAUUACCUGGAAUGGAAUUGGAGUUUAGGGCACGGAUUAAUAGAUUAGAGUGGUUUGUGGCUUACAGAUACAAAUGAAAUAACCUUAUGUAUCCUACAAUCCCAACUUCUCACCUAUAACUGUAGCCGCUCCCAUCCCCAGUCUCAGCUCUUUUUUAGGUAUGGUCACCCUAAUGUAAUUAUAAAACAUUUUGUCGCAUAUUUGUUAGGGUGGUUUGGCGUCACUGGUUAAACUUAUGGCUGUAAAUAAACUAUUUUAUUCAAUAUCCUAAACGAAAUAUUUGACUUGAGUAAACAGGUAAACAAAAUUCCUAAGUACCUAAAAUAAAAAUGCGGAGUAUAUUCGACACAUUCUUAUCUGUUCCCAGCAACUUUAUCAACUUCUCAGAAAAUUAUAUAUUAAAAUAAAUAAAUAAAUUACCUGUGGAACAGAGGAAUCUGCACCAAAAAAAAAAAAAAAAAAAAAAAAAAAAGACAUAAUAAAUCGCCGAAUUCACUGACCACUAGAACGUUAAACUUUAUAUAGGUACGAAUAAUUACGUAAUGUUAUUGUAUAUUUUAUUAUCUAAAUCUACUGACAGCCUAAUAUAAGAUACUUGAUUUUUAUCUCUAAAAAAGGUCGCUAAUAUGUUACGUACGUGUUCCUUUAUUGUACAGAUUGCGAUAACUGUUACUGCGUGGUAUAAUUUGUAAAUUACCAGAUACAAUCUGUACUGUAAUAGAAUAUAACUGUUAACUCAUUAGAUAGAAUUGCAGCUGGUAGUUGUCGAUUAGUAUUCUACAUACCCAUACGUCUAUGGCGAUAACUUGCGAUAUUAUGUUUUUGGCGUCCUUUAGUUAUCAAUAGGGAUAUCAGAAUUCAGUAUAGUCAGAUACUAAAAAAUUAAAAUUUUUUUUUUGAAUUAAAAUCAUUUCAACGUUUCGUCAUUUAAACGUAUUCAUGUACAUAAAACUUACUUAAUUAGAUAUGUGGUGUUUAAAUUUAAAAAAAAAAAAAAAAUGUUAUCUAUAAUGUCCUUAAUAGCUACGUUAUUACAAAUUAUCGUUAAAUAAGUAAAUAAUUUGAUGUACAAGGUAUAUAAGAAAAUUAUAAACAAACACUUAUGUUAUAUACAUAUAUUACUAUACUGUAUAUUUAAAUAAGUAUAUUUUAAGUUAUUUGUGUAGUUGUGUGUAUGAUCCUCGAGACACAUUAUUUUAAUGCAUAUUAGAAUAUAGUAUAUGAUAUUAUAUGAGCGUCUAAAAUACCAAACUGCUAUUAACAUUUAGUAAAUGUGUUAGAUACAAUAUUUGAAUAUUUAAAAAAUAAUAUGGGUUCAAACAAAUCAAACAACAAUAGCCGUUUUACAAGCUAAAACUGUGAUUGUUUUAAUUGAGUUCAUAGUAUCGUAUAGAAUUUAAUGUAAGCAAGACGCAGGAAACAACAUUUGGGUACUUAAUAUCCCUAAAAAAAAGAUACCGAGUUUGUAAAUUGAAAUCAAAAAAGCAGGUGCUUUUGUUCAAAGUCACGGUGAAAAUAUUAGUAACGAGUGUUUUAUUAAAAAUAACAACAUUAAUAAAUAGGUAUUCAAAUUCGUUUAUUUUAACGUUGAUUACGAUUGGAGAAGAUUUUUUUCUAACUGCUUCAAGACAAAAACGCAACUCAGAAAACGUGCACAAUUUAGAAUUAUCAAUACUUUAAAAAGGUAUAACAUGAUAUAAUAAUAUGCCCCCCCCAGGAAUUGGUUACCAAGUAUCUGAGUUCGAAAUUUAUUAAUGCACUGACCGAUCAUUAUGUUAAAUAUUUCGCAAGGUUAUAAACUGGUGCGGAUUUAAAACGAAUUAAUGGACGAAUCGGAUUAUCUUGUUUAUGUAAUUUUAUGAACGGUUGUAAGUGUGGAGCUUCUAUUUUGUAAUCAGAUUUUAACGAUAUUUUCUUUUGGACUUUAGGCAUGAUUUCUUUCGAAUUUGUUAUCGGUUGUAAAUUAAAGUUAGGUUAUAUGCUAAGUUUUGAUAUUGUUAUUAUUUAUAAAAUCCAACAUUUUUUUUUUGAUGAAUUUCAUUGGUAUAAAUGAUAACAACGGCAUUAGAUUUAUCUACCGGAACUAUUUAUUUAUUAUUUGUUUUUAAUUUAAUAUGUUGUUAAUCAUUUUUUUUUUUUUUUUUGGUCGUUGAACUACACCAUUUUGUUUUAAUAUUUUAUUAGGCUUAUUUUUGUAUUUUUUUAUUGGUGCUGUUUAUUAAGUCAUAUCUUGUUUGAUUUUAGUUUUGAAAUCGCAUACAAUUUAUAACAGAUUCAUAUUGUAUUAAUUGUUUUUUAAUUGAUUGAAAGUUUAGUGUUUUAUAUGUAUUGAAUUAAUUACCUUUAUUUAAUAAAUUGUUUUCAGAUUUCAUGAAAAUUAUGGAAGUUAAAUUGGUAACUCGCGGUUGAAAAGAAUGUUAGAUUUUAAAUUGUAAUUUCUGUGUAUUUUGUGUUACUAAAAUAUUAAUUUUAUCAUUUACCCUACGUAAUUUCUCAUUUUUCUUAUGUAGUAAUUUUGUUUAGAUGUGAUUUUUAAAGUGUGAAAUCUGUAAGUAGUUUAAAUUUUGGCAUCAAAUCGUUUCUAAAUUAUUGAUCUUUUCUACUAUUACGUGUUUUUUGCUGAAUAAACAUUUUUCAGAGUUCAACCAUAUUGCUUCUGCUUCUUUCUUAACAUUGAUUCCAGCUUCAGAUGUACAUUUGAAAUGACCUCUUUAAUGUACCAAAUAAAUAAAGUUUUCUUUAUUCAAAAAAUGUGGUAUACUUGAAAUGGAAGCAAGAUUUCUGGUGGAAAUUGUAUACACAGUGUAUAAAGAAAACAAACAUCAUUGUUAAACCAACAAUUUUCAUUCGCUCAGAAUCUAAAAUUUGACGCAAUUAUUGUGACAAUUUUUUAAUUUUGUGUAUGGUUUUAUAAUAAUUAAUUAAAAGUGAUAGAUUAUAAUUACAACUAUUGUUUGAACAUUUUAAAUUCUAGUCGGCAAAUUUAAAGACUAUACAUGAUUUUUUUAAGAUCGUCGUUACUUUUUUAACACGACGACGCGAAAUAUAUGGAACACUUUUAAUAACCAAAAAAGUGUUUCCCGUGAACAGAAUAAUAACGAAUCUUAGUAGGAAAUACGGUUUCUUUGCUGCACUCAGAAUCUAAAAAUAAAAUUCUACUUCAAACGGUCGCUGUUUUAUUACUCUCUAACCGACACAACGAAAUUCGUUUUCCGUCGUUUUGCCUUGGACGUUCGACCAAACACAACAUUCCGAUACGUUUGGUCUUGUACAGUUUUCGCCUCAUUGUCACAAAUCGCCAAUCGCGCCACGUCGAAUGUCACGUUACACGCGUGUCCGCGACCGUAUCCGGGCGUACUUUCCGACGGGUGUGUCGUUGCACCGCAAUCGGUUUUGCGCUGCCGAGCGAAAUGUUCACGGGAGCCUACAGUACGCUGCGCAAUCGGAAAAACGAACGGCCGCGGGCAGUGUCCAAUCGUCGAAAUCCGCGGCGUUUUAUCUCGCGCGCGCGGCCCGCGUCGCCGUAUUGCGCGGCGUCACUGAGUGCGCACCCGAACUCGCGGUAUCGGACGUUUCAAACGAUAGCGAAUAAUAAUUUUUCAACCGAUCUCGGGACGUCCGUUACGUGGCCGCGCGCGGUGACAAAACCGCGCGCACCGAUCGCGGCGCGGCCGCGACCGUUCCCGUUCCGGCGUGCGUUUUCAUUGCGCGGCCCGCAACGCGAAUCGGAUACAAUUGCAAACGUUGUACUUGAAACAUGUACCCGAUACGAAAUACAACGCGAAACCGGUCGAACAGUCGAAUUAGCGGUUUUCGCGACAAUGCGAUACGGCGGGCUGCUUUGCGCGGCGUUCCGAAAGUGCAGGCCCGCGCAAUUCGUCGGUAACGAACGUGAGAAAUUCAAAUUCGUAACCGUAGAAAAAAAAAAACAAAUAAAUAAAAAAACAAUACGGUUAACGCGGCGGCCCGGUCGCGGCGGUCCGCCCGCCGUUUCGGUGGCCCGAUUCGACCGAACGCCUUUUUUACGGGGAAAAAACGUUCGUUGCGACCCGACCCCCGGACGCCCGCGCGGCCCGCGACGCGGACGGAUAUCCCGCAGCCGCCGUGUCGGCCGUGUUGCUCAGGACCGCGCCGAGCGUCGGGCGCGCUGCGCGACAACCGCGACCGCGUGUGGCGGUGUCGUGCGUGCGGGUGCGACGACCCCGUUCCCGCGGUUAUCUGCGAAACCGCCGCCGAGGAAUUUAGAGACGUGA